AUUUCUCCGGACGCCCAUGGAAUCGGGUAGGGAGCGCGCUAAACACGGGUCAAAGCGACCAACAGUAGCUGUCUCAUCUAUAUAAUCUAUGCAUAUAGAAUGUUAUCAGUUUAUACGCUCACAGCAUCAUAGGGGGCGGACAACGUGUGAUUUCUGAACCGAGAGUGGAUUGUCGAGUCACAAUUCAAGCUUUGUUGCUAAGAGCCAUUUAUGCUCUCUAUUAAGUUGUGCCUUGUAAUACCCGUGUUAACCUACUGUGCGGAAAUUAUGAAACUCUGAAAUUUUGUUAUCACUUGCAUUGCUGCGUAAGCGAGAACUUGCUGUAGUGGUUGCCUUCUUCAUAUGCUGGGCUCCAUUCCAUGCUCAACGUCUGCUGGCAGUCUACCUGUCUGCCUCCCCACCAGAGGAGCAACAGAGGCUGGUCAGCCUCUAUUUGUACCUCAUGUACGUUUCUGGGGUGCUGUACUUUGUGUCUACAUGUGUCAACCCCAUACUGUACCACAUCAUGUCUAAGAGAUUCAGGAAGGCGUUCAAGGGUACAUUUCGCAAGGUAUGCUGCGCAAAAAACUCAAAUCACUACCUGGUGGUGCACAAGGUACCCCCUUCCGAACGGGACAUGCAGAGGUCCAACUCUGAGGGAGUCCCCCAAUUGACGAGGGAGUUCGCUCAGAAUCGGGGCCAGUCAGAAUACCCGAUCCGGCUCGGAGACGCGGGCAGAAGUUCCACCAGAAGUACUUACCUGCUGAGUUCGUUCCGGGCGCAUAGUCUCAAGGACAAAAGCUGCUUCAAGAAGAAUAGUGAAAAGAAUAUAUACGUUAUGCCACUGAGGUUGUGCGGUAUGUUCAGGAAGCAUGACGUGACAAGAGCCAGUUUCGAUACCUCGAAUACCAUUAGUAAUUCUAGUUUGAAGGACACUGAUUCCAGUGAGUUUAAUCGUUACGAUUUGGUUAAUAAUAUGCUUAGAAUAAAUGAAAAGAUGUUGUAA